AUGACGAAUAAUAAUCUCAUCGCGUCGCUCCUGAGAGACGACAAAUCAAAGAUGGCCACGUUAAUCGCGUGCGGCGCGAGCGCGGUGGCGUUGAUUUAUUACAACCGGGAAGUUCGGAAUCAAAUCGCGAAUAUUUUCAUGGUGCGUUUUCUUCUUCUUCUUUUCGUCGUAGCCGUCGUCUUUCGAUGGUCUUCUUUUAUCAUCAUCAUCAUCAUCUCUUUGAUGAUGAUGAUGAUGGUGAUGACGAUGCCUCUGCUCGUGUGUGAAAGAAAAACAACGCGUCUUAUCUUUUGCGAGUGUUGA